CUCAGUUCCCUUUCAGAUUCCGCGAGGCAAGCAUUGAACAUUGGAGACUGCAGACGCUUAUAUACAUAGUUAUUUUCUCAACAAUGCCGUCGUCUUCCAAGAUAAAGUCGCCGAUUUCCGGUCUUGGACUACUGCAAAUGCUAGUCGGGAUAUUAUUUCUGUUUUCGGCUUCCGUACCAGGCGCCACUUCCGAUCCGGACCCAAAGAACGACAAUGUCAAGGCCUCGGAUCGCCUCCACGCAGGAUUGUUCCUCAACUACGACAGCGAUGUGCAGCCCCAGUUCCAAGGUGCUCCCACAAAUGUCUCCUUGGGCAUGGUGAUCAACUACAUCGACAUCGAUGAGAUGAACGGCAAGCUGACCACCCACUGCUGGUUGAAUAUCCGUUGGAGAGAUGAGCAGCGCGUGUGGCAACCAUCGGAAUAUGACAACAUCAAGGAGAUAACUUUGAAGGCCAGCGAGGUGUGGACGCCACAAAUCACGCUUUUCAACGGCGACGAGAGUGGCCUACUGGCGGACACCCAGGUGAUUCUCAGUCACGAUGGCCAGUUCCGGCGAAUGCCUCCGGCCCUGUACACGGCUUACUGCAACCUGAAUAUGCUGAAUUGGCCACACGAUCGACAGACGUGCAAUUUGAAGAUAGGCUCCUGGGGCCUGAAGAACAUAAUGCCGGAUAACACGACGACAAAGGGUAAAUCGCUGGACUACGACGACCAGGUGCAGUCUCCGGAGUGGCAGAUUGUGGACUCCAGGGCGAAGUUUGUGAGCCAGGAUUAUUAUGGAUACAUGGAGUACACUCUGACGGCCGAGCGUCGAUCCUCGAUGUACACUGCCGUCAUCUACACGCCGGCCUCCUGCAUCGUCAUCCUGGCACUGUCCGCAUUCUGGCUUCCACCACACAUGGGCGGCGAGAAGAUCAUGAUCAACGGCCUGCUCAUCAUCGUGAUCGCCGCCUUCCUGAUGUACUUCGCCCAACUGCUGCCCGUGCUGUCCAACAAAACGCCGCUUGUGGUGAUUUUCUACAGCACCACCCUGCUCUUUCUAAGCUUCUCUACGAUCAUCGAGGUGAUGGUCCUGUACCUGGCCACUGCCAAGCACAAGAGGAGCGUGCCGGAGGUGCUGAAGAAGCUGCUCCACGGGAAGCUGGGCACCUGGCUGCUCCUCUCGCAGUUCAGCACGACCGGUGAGCCCCAGGAGGAGCAGACCAAGGAGAUGGGCGAGCACCUGUACGAAAACCCAGACGAGGACGACGCGACCAAUCCGCUGGGCAUCAAUCCCUCGGGCAUGCCGAGCUACAAGGCCAUCCAGUUUGACUGGGCGUUGCUGGCCACCGCCGUGGAUCGCAUUUUCUUCGUGGCCUUUAGUCUGGCCUUCUUCAUCCUGGCCAUAAUCUGCGCUGUAUAGCUCUAGAUCCUUAAAAUCUCAACGCAAUGCACCUUUAUCUUGAGUAAGCCAAUCGUUGCCAAUUUAUCUCGAAAGUAUGUUAAAUCAAGACUUAAUCAAGGCAUAGGUGCACUGUAAAUUUAAUAUUUGCAUUUACGUUUUCAUGUAUUUAGUAAAUACUGUUUACUCUAUGUGCGAACUUAUAAUUAUUUAAUGAUGUGAGACCCCGUUUGGAAUAAAGGAUCUCUGCCGAA